AUGCUUUUGACUUUCAUUCAAUGUUUUCCAUCCAGUUUUCUGCAUACACAACACGAACUUCAGAGCAGCUUCAACACCUCGAUUGAAACCAGAAAGCAGAGAGUACAACCUCCUACCGACUGCGCUACUCCGCUCACCCAUUCAUAUAGAAAGGUCGACUCAUUAUUCCGAAUGGCAUCAACUGGUGAUUUGGACGGAUUGGUGGAUGCAUACCUAAAGCAGGAAAACUUACGCCGUUUAGAUCAACACGGAAACAACAUACUUCAUCAUGCUGCGAAGAAUGACAAAAGAGAAAUGGCUCGAGGAAUAAUUGCCUUCACGGUCAAAUACGCUUUGUGGGGUUGGAAGAAUAAUGCCGGCCAAACUCCGAUCGAUGUCGCGUCUCCUAGAGUAAAGAAGGAUCUGUUACUGAUUUCGGCAACUACAACUCCUACCGUUUCUGAUCAUCACACAAAUCUCAAUAACAAGCUGGUUGAAGAGAGAAUCAAAAACCCUAACAAGAACUAUAAAGUGCUGCUGAGUUUUGAUGGAGGUGGAAUAAAAGCAAUUUUGGAAACAGGCAUCCUAAAAGCGAUCGAAGACGAACUAGAUGAACCGUUAUUAAAUCGAAUUCACUGGAUGGGUGGCACUAGCUGUGGUGGAAUUAUCUCCGUUUCAUUGGGAACAGGUCUCAGCAUCGAGCAAUGUCGAAGAAUAUUUUUGAGCGCUCGAUAUCAAACCUUCUGUGGUAACACAAUGAUGUUUCCUAAGCAUAAUUGUCGAGGAAUAGAGGACGUGUUGAGACAAUCCUUAGGCACUCGGACGACAAUGAUGGAUCUCAAAAAACAAAAAGUCCUGGUAACUGCCGCGAAGAUCAAAUCGGCACCUCCACAGUUGGUGCUAUUUCGUAGUUAUGCACCACGGAUAACACCACGAGAAUUUGAAAGAUAUGGUUACAUGAAUCCUGAGAAGAUACUUUUAUGGAAGGUGGCAAGAGCUACGUCAGCAGCUCCUAUUUUUUUCGAAUCCUAUCGAGGACUUGCUGAUGGUGCAAUCUUCUGUAAUAACCCCUGUAUUACUCUGAUGACUGAUUUUUUUCGAUUACAAAAACUUGAAAGACACAAAAACAUUAAAAACGAGGACAAAAUAGGAUGCGUCAUAACAAUAGGAAGUGGAGUGGAACCGUUAGUUCAGCUUGGUGGAAUUGAUAUUAACUUAAGCAGUCCAUUUGCUCUUGGGAAGGAUUUUAUGAAUGUUUUCGGCAGAGGCAAGAAUCUCAUCACACUUUUUAUGUAUCAGAGCACAUCAUCCCAUACGGUGUCAGUCGGUCAGGCCAGAGAGUGGGCUCAUUCGCUUGGGAUACCGUACUUCCGCUUCUCACCUCGUCUUACGCGAGCAUUCGAAUUGGACAGCGUUGCAACGGAUGGGAUUUUCGACUUCAUGUUUGAGACUGAGGUUUAUCUCAAGACUCAAGCACGGCAAGACAUAGUUAAUCUGAGUCGGUUGUUGAAAUCUAUGCCACAAGCAGGUGUGCAACAGUAUAAGAAUACUUGCAAAUGA